CGUAUUGGAAGAGCAUCGUCACGACUCCAUCCACCAUACCAGUAUUUGUUUAAUCUUUCUUCUAUCUCUUUCUCAGAUUUUUUUAUAUACAAAAAUUAAAUAAGGGAAUCCCAUAAAUAUCUCUGCUUUACACAAAUCUUCUUUAGGCGAAUUCACAUCUCAAGCUCUGCUUUGGAUCCGCCGUAACUAAAAAACAAACCAAAUCCUUCUUCUCCAAAUCGUGAAACAUGGCCCCGCCGGCAGGACAAACGGCGGCGGUGGCUGAAGUGGCUGGCGCCGACGGUCCUCAGCCUCAACAGCAGCAGCGUGGAUUUGGUUCCACGAUUUCCGGAAUCGUUAGAAUCGCCGUCUUCUGGUAUUUUGCUUCCAAGUUCUUUUCACCUAAACAGAAACCUGUUGAUCCUUCUGCUCCAUCUCAGCUCAUGACCAAUCUCUUCCACAAAGGCGAAUCAUUGGAUAUGUGGUUUUAUAUGUCAGAGCAUGAGAAGUUCAAUGACUUUGGCAAUGAUAAAGCUCUGUAUUGGCAUGAGACGAAUAUACCUUAUGCUGUAUGGACACCAGAGAGUAUUAGGACCAAGUCACUGACGUAUUCUCCAUCUGAGACGCUACAGAAUAAUGGAAGUCUGUAUGCUCAUGUCUUCUUUGCUCGAUCUGGAUUUCCCAUUGACCCCACUGAUCCUGAGUACCAACCACUUAAUAGUUUUAACAGGACUCAUGCUGUGGCGACUUACUUUCCAAAGCAAAAGAAAAAUAAGAAGAAGAGUCUCUUGGGCAGUCCCAAAGACGAUGAUGAAUCCGAACCAGAAGUUGAGAAUGUUGGUGAUAAGAAAUCGGAUCUCAAGGUAGAGGUCCCUGUGGAAUGGGUUUCCCUCUGGAAACCGAAUGUCACAAUUAACCUGGUCGAUGAUUUUACUCGCUAUUCACAGAAUGGUGUACCACCAAACAUUGCUCCUCACCUACUGGUAGAACCUACUACAGGAAAUUACUAUCCUACAGUUUACUUCAAUGAGUUUUGGCUGCUAAGGGACAAGUUCAUUCCAGUCAAUGCAACAGUCUCAGAACUACCACUUAAUCUGGAAAUAAGCCCCAUAAGCAUGAUGAAGUGGCAACUGUUUCAGCAAGUUGAUCAGUCUUUCCAGAUGCAGCGUAGCUAUGGAAGCAUGCUUGACGGUGAAUCUGACGAACUAAAGAGGGUGUUUUUGGAAGGAAACCCCUAUCUUUUGGGUAUCACGAUGUUUGUUUCGAUGCUUCAUUCAGUGUUCGACUUCCUGGCAUUCAAAAAUGAUAUCCAAUUUUGGAAUAAAAACAAAUCGAUGGAAGGAUUGUCUGCAAAGUCUGUUGUACUGAACUUUAUCUGUCAGUUUGUCAUCUUCCUCUACCUGCUUGACAACGACACCUCAUGGAUGAUACUGGCUAGUUCUGGAGUUGGUGUCUGCAUUGAAUUCUGGAAAAUAGGGAAAGCCAUGCGCAUAGAGGUUGAUCGUAGUGGAAUGAUUCCAAGGUUGAGGUUCCACGAUCGUGAAUCCUAUUCAAGCAAUAAAACCAAGGAGUAUGAUGACAUUGCCAUCAAAUUCUUAUCCUAUGUGCUCCUCCUCCUUGUCAUUGGCUUAUCCAUAUAUUCUCUCGCUUAUGAACGCCACAAGAGCUGGUAUUCUUGGAUCCUGUCUUCACUAACAAGCUGUGUCUACAUGUUCGGAUUCAUCAUGAUGUGUCCUCAGCUAUUCAUCAACUAUAAGCUAAAAUCAGUGGCACAUUUACCAUGGAGACAGAUGACUUACAAGUUCCUCAACACCAUUAUUGACGAUCUCUUUGCCUUUGUCAUCAAAAUGCCGAUCCUACAUCGACUCUCUGUAUUCCGUGAUGAUGUGAUAUUCUUGAUAUACUUAUACCAAAGGUGGGUUUACCCUGUGGACAAGACACGUGUUAACGAGUUCGGUUUUGGAGGUGAGGAUGAAACAGCAGAGAAGAAGUUGAUCACAGAGAAAGAAGAAGAAGACAAGAAAACAAACUAAUAUCUUCUGGUUACACUUUCUAGACCAAUUUUUAUUAUAACAGUGUCAAGUUAUAGUUUCUUAAUUUCUCUGUUUUUUUUCACUUUUGGAAGUUUUGUUGAAUUUUACUGUCAAGUUUUAAGACACAUUAUAAAACAACCCCUUUUGUAUUGCCAUAAAGAAACAAACAUUUUCACGAGAGAA